GAGGCGGAGGUAAUACUAAAGAGUAAAAGACCAUAAAUGCACUAUAACUCCAACAACUCUACACUUGCCUCGGAAUGUCCACACUCCAUGCAAAUGCACAACAUAUCCCCCGCAGGAAAUCCCAACCAGCAUCCAUGGCUUCCACUUUCCGCCCUCUUUUUCUCUUUCUCCCACUCCUCCCUCUCUCCGCCACUGCCACCCUCCGCAAAUCUAAAACCCUCCUCAUAUCAAGUCUCCUUUCCUCCACCACUACGACCAUCCCACCUCAAUGACAUCCCACCAACCACCUACUUCGAAGUGACCAAACCCAUCAGACUUCCCAAGACCCAACCUUGCGUCAAUCCCAUUCUCCACCAUGAUUUCGGCUAUACAUAUGGGAAACCCCCAGUUCUAGCAAACUACACCCUACCUUGUCACUGCCCGUCUCACGAUUUCUCGAAAAUUGUCCUUGAAUGGAAUGCCACCUGCAAAGGAAGGCAAUUUGAUCGAUUUUCGGGAUCUGGCUAGAUGGGGUCGAGCUUCUUAGGAGCUGCUCUGCAGAGCCAAGAGCUACUGGGAUUGUGUGGAGUGUCAAGAAGGAUAUAACAAGGUAUUACUCUUUGCUUGUUAAGAAUGAGACACAAAGUCUUGCUGUUUAUUUGGGUAAUUUAGUUGAUCGAACUUAUACUGGCGUUUAUCAUGUUGACAUAACUGUUUAUUAUUACCCUGCUGAGAAGAAAUUCAAUGACUUUGA